AUGAGAACUGCUUUCCAUGCCAAAAUUAAAAUCGGCUUCAUCGAAGGGAAGGUCACAAAGCCGGAGAACGACGCUCUGGAGAUCGAUCUCUGGUGGAUUGUGAACUCGAUGUUGGUGGCUUGGGUUUUCAAUAUUGCCAAUCCUUUACUGCGUUCAACUAUCACGUAUAUGGAGACGGUCAAAGAGCUUUGGGAUGAUUUGAAGGAACGAUUCUCGAUCGGCAACGGACCCCGGAUUUAUCAGAUUAAAUCCGAACUUGCUAACUGCAAGCAACAUGGACAGAUAGUGGUUGCAUAUUAUGGAAAAUUGAAAGCAAUGUGUGGAGCGGCAGCCAAAUUGGUUAAAGAAAGAGAAGAAGAGAAAAUCCACCAAUUUCUGAUGGGUUUGGACAACGAUAUAUUUGGAACUGUGCGUUCUAACAUAUUGAGUAUGGAGCCAAUUCCAAAUAUAAACAAAGUUUACUCAAUGAUCAUACAAGAAGAUCGACAUCGAUUGUUGGCACGAGGUAAGGAGGAACGGGCAGAUGCGGUUGGUUUUGCAGCACAAGGCUCACAGACAUCGCGAGACAGUAGAGCUGCUUCAAAAGACAAAACAAUUGUGUGUAACAAUUGUGGUCGAUCUGGCCAUGAAGCAAAGAAUUGUUUCCAGUUAAUUGGAUACCCUGAAUGGUGGGGAGACAGAUCUCGCGGUACAUCGACCGGGCGUGGAGCAGGUCGAGGAAAAGGGGGUGGACCCUCUAGCGGACAUGGCCGAGGUACGACGAAAGCUCAUGUUGCUCAGUCAUCGGCAGAGCGUGAGGUGGCUACUAAUGCAGUUGUGACUGACGGAGAUAGGACUGGACCGAACGGGCUUAAUGACAAGCAAUGGCAGACUCUUGUAGGCAUGCUUAAUGCUUACAAAACCRGGACUAAUGAAAAACUUUCUAGUAAGAAUUACUCCACUGAAUGGAUUAUUGACUCUGGGACGUCAUAUCACAUGACAGAGAAUUUAAAUGUGCUCGUCGACGACACCUAUGAUGUUGCACCUUGUCCUGUUAGGUUACCCAAUGGUGCGCACACCGAGGCCGUGAAAGAAGGCACUGUUGAACUUGGAAAUAAUUUUAAAUUGCUGCACGACCACAUCUCGAGGACUCUGAUUGGUGCGGGUGAACAGCUUUAUGGGGUCUAUGUCUUCAAGGGUGUGGCACCGGCUUGA